UUGUAUGUAUGUGUGUGUGUAUGACACGAGUUACUCUAUGACUCUGCUGACCAUUACUGGUUUAAAUGACUAUCUUGUUAAAAGUAUGUUGCACAAGUUUACAAUAAAUUAGAUUGUAGAAAUUGUCCACGUGUUUACUCAAAAUGGAUCUAGAAAACUGUCGAAAAAGUUCUGAUAAAAGCUUUGAUACUGAUGAUGAUUCUGAUUAUGCCAUGAUAAGACAAAUAAAAAUGGAACCAGAAACAAUUUUCUCGCCUUCCGAGGAUGAUAUUAUGGCACAAUUGCAACAAGAUAGUUCUGACUUGGAAGUAGAACCCAGUUUUACAUUGGAAGGCACCAUAAAUGGCGAAUAUUGUAACGAGGGAAUAUUAAUGCAGCACAUGGACAUUAGAGAACCUUUAUCUACAUUAAGGAGUCUUUUGGAAGAGAGACUCACUAUAGAUUUGAAAAACUAUUCGUUUUGGUUACAAAAUGCGCAGAUGCUGGAAAGCCAUAAAAACUUGGUCGAUCAAUGUGUCCAAGGAGAGGGGCUAGUUCAAAUUAAUGUACAAAUAAAGCCUAUGCAGAAACGUAUCAAUAUAGCGGAUGUUCUUAAGCCGGCGGAAGAUUACAUUGAAGUUGUGGAAAAUAAUUCACCGGUGCCUGUUGCUCAGAAAAACAAACAAAAUGUUAUAAAGUGGAUGGUGGAUGCACAGUAUAAAAAGGAACAGGAACGCUUAAAAAUACCAACUGAUCCAAAAGAUUGGUCAGAAACACAUGUUAAGCAUUGGCUGCAAUGGGCCGUUAGACAAUUCAAUUUAGUAUCAUUACGUUUGGCCGAUUGGAAUAUAACUGGGAUGCAGCUGUGCAACCUUACCAUGGAGGAAUUUCAUGCAAAAGUGCCUCUUGAUCCAGGAGAUGUGUUUUGGACACACUUUGAACUUCUUAGGAAAUGCAAAUUCGUCGCUGUUGUGCAAAAAGAUGCACCAGACUCUUCUACCGAAGGCACUUUGGAAAAGUCUAUUAAAGCGCGAAAUCAAAAAAUAGUAAAACCGAGAUCUGCGGUGAAUCAACAAACACGGGUUAACAUGCCACUCGAGAGUGUCGAUCCAACUUCAAUCACUAUUGCUACUUCCAGUCGAUCCGUUAAUAGUGGCCAAAUACAGUUAUGGCAAUUUUUAUUAGAGCUACUAACGGAUAAAGAAUAUAGAGAUGCGAUUCAAUGGAUUGGAACUGAAGGAGAAUUCAAACUUAAUCAGCCAGAAGCUGUGGCACAAUUAUGGGGAGCUCGUAAAAAUAAGCCAUCAAUGAAUUAUGAAAAAUUGAGUAGAGCGCUUCGAUAUUAUUACGAUGGUGAUAUGAUCUCUAAAGUUCAUGGAAAACGGUUCGUUUAUAAAUUUGUUUGUGAUUUAAAGCAGUUAUUGGGCUAUUCAGCCGCGGAAUUGAGUAAGCUUGUCGAGGAAGGAAGAAGGUAUUUCUGAUGAAGUCAUAUAUUUCUAGCUGCUGUUAAUAAAAGUGCUUUUAUUAUAAACAUCC